AUGUCCCUCGACCAUUCUCCGACCCGCGAUGGCGGCGGCUGGUCGUCGCCCGGUCUCACGACAAAUUACGAUGAGGGAACGGCGCGGUCACGAGGGGGCAGUCCGAGCAAGAAGUAUGGGGACUUGAUGAAUGGCGGCUCAGGCCAUGUUACAUGGGCGAAGGCAAAGGCGGGCUCUGCCAGAGUACAGAGGUCGAAUGAGGGCAGUUUCAUGCGCCACAUGCGGAAGAUGUCUUCGGGGCUGCCAUACUUCUCCGAUCGGUCGACGUAUGCAGAGAAAGAGAAGCUGGGUCGAGGGCGGUCUUGGAAGAGGAUGGAUUGGAGGGAUCUACCUAGAAGAGUCGGACUGCUCAUCUCGAGAAGGCGGAAAUACGUGGCAUUAUUGACGAUGGUGCUGUUGAUGAUAUUGCUUUUCACGAAUAAGACGGUAAACUACUGGUAUAGACGGACAUCAUGGCUUGGUGGCGGCAGCAAAUUUGUGAUCAUCCUCGGUGCGAACCAAGGCGGUGGUGUCAUGGAUUGGAAAGGACCCAGAGAAUGGGCAAUAGAACGGGACAGCGUGAAGAACAAGAAGAAUUACGCCGCGGAAUGGGGCUACGAGAUGGAGAUUGCAGACAUGAGCACGAAGAAGCGGUAUGCGCAUGAAUGGAGAGAAAGCUGGGAGAAGGUGGACGUGAUACGGAACUCGAUGAGGAAAUAUCCUGAUGCUGAAUGGUUCUGGUGGCUUGACCUCAACACCUUCAUAAUGGAGCCGAAGGUUUCUCUCCAGUCGCACAUCUUCAACAACGUCGGCGAUGUCGCAUACCGAGACAUCAACGCCUACAACCCACUCCACAUCGCCCACCCUCCCAAUGGCACCUCCGCCGACCCCAACGCCCCCAAAUACACCAACUACCUCGACCCCGAAGCUCUGUCCGCAGUCGGCGACGGCGACCCGAACAGCAUCAACAUCCUCAUUCCUCAAGACUGCGGAGGCUUCAACCUGGGCAGCUUCUUCGUACGAAGAUCGGCGUGGACAGAUCGAUUGUUGGACAUCUGGUGGGACCCAGUCUUCUAUGAGCAAAAGCACAUGGAGUGGGAGCAUAAAGAGCAGGAUGCACUGGAAUACAUCUACACGAACCAGCCUUGGAUCCGACCGCACUUUGGCUUCAUCCCGCAGCGGAAGAUCAACGCUUUCCCGAACAAGGCUUGCGGUGAUGACCGACAUGUGCCAGAGGGCGGGUGUAGGACGCUGAAGGCUGAUGACCCGGAGGCGGAGAAAACGGAGUGCGGUAUUCAAGGGAUACACUAUCAGGAGCAAGAGCGGGACUUCCUGGUUAACAUGGCAGGUUGCGAAUGGGGCCGCGACUGCUGGGGCGAGAUGUACAACUUCCGCCAACUCAGCAACCACCUGAACCGCGGACGGUGGGAGAGAGUUGUAGACUCGAUACGGGAUUACUUUAAGAGGCGGACGGAAGCGAAUCAACCGCAGCAGCAGCAAUGA